UCGGCUCGCGCUCGAUAUGUCGUCGACCCCUUCCUAUCCUGCCUUCGCGCGCGAUAUGCAUGUGCAUGUGGUUCGCGUCCUUUUGCCAUGGAUGGUUGCCUAUUUUCAUGAUUUUUGGCAAUGGCAAUUGAAGGUUAAAUACUACAACCGCCCCUGCUGACGUACCCAGUUUGGCUGAAGUGAGCAACAAUCACCAUGGAAGUAGCCAGCGGCAGCAUGAUCUUGCAUCCUGACUUGGCCAAUGAGCUCAGGGCCCUGCAUGAAUCCAGUGGUUUUGAGACAGCCGGUGCCUUCUUGAAGCAUCUUUUUGCUUUGGAAGAGCAACAUAGAUCUCAACAGAAUUUGUCAACAGAUUUGGAACGGCUUAACGAUUUUACCACCAAUCAAGCUAUAAGUCUAGCUUCAGCACAGCCACCAAAAACUGCUUCAAUUGGAGUUCAAGCUAAACUGUGCAGUUGCAGCGAUAAGGUCAUCGUUAAGACAUUUCGUGGAGGAAGUGCGGUCAGGAAAUUUGGUUUGAUUCAGAGAGGGGAUCUCUCUGAUAAAACAUUCGACUCUGACGAUGUCGAUCAGUCUGACUCUGAUGGAGUCGAUCAGUCUGACUCUGAUGGAGUCGAUCAGUCUGGCUCUGAUUACAGUGAUACUGAGGAGAUGGAGGAAGAAGUCAAUUACAACAGUAGGAAGAGAAAACAAAAAAGUAAGACUGUGAAAGGAAAACCAAAGCACAAAACUGUUCCUAAGAAGAAAAAACAAGGAAAAGAUAACAAGGAAUCAGCCACUGUGAGCCAGCCAAAGACAAAAAGGAGAAAGCCGGAUGAGGGAACAGAAAGCGUCAGCAAACCGGAAAAGAAGACAAAAAAGUCUAAGGACGGAGCAAAAACUGAUGGCAAACAAACAGAGAAUGAGGAACAACCCAACCAGUACAUGAAUUUGAAGAAACACAGUGAAGAAAUAUCUGCACCAUUACAAUAUCAACGCUUUGUAAACGUGGAUUGUAUUGAAGCGCGCCCAUACGCUUGCGACUUGUGUGACAAAGCUUUCAGACUCGAGCGUAGUUUGAUGAUUCAUGCAAAUAUCCACAAACAUGGUCGGCAGCUGCGGUACUUCCAUUGUACACAGUGUGACAAGGGGUACACGAAUGGUGCUUCACUGAAAGAACAUAUUAGAACAUAUCAUGAGCACCAUGGCGAAAAGCUGAACAAAUGCUCUUACUGUGACAAAUGUUUUGUGAGGAAAAACGCACUGAGACAGCACAUUAAAAUUAAACAUAAGACUCCAGAGAAGGCCAGAUCUGUCAGUUUCAAAAAAUGAGACAUCUGAGUUUAAUCCUUUCCCAUCUUUUUACAUUCCAUUCUUCAAUAUUAAUUUGUGGCUUAAAUUGGUAAAUUUAACAAGGCAUGACUCUUUAUCCCCACUUGUGUUUGAAAAUGCGAUGUGGUUGUGCCCAGCGUUCAUUCAAUGGUCCCCGUAUUCCGAGUGCGAUUCCGUUACUGAGCGCGAUGCAUUGAUUAUGAUACUGAGUAGACUGGAUCUCGUUUGUAAACACAAGUGAAUUCUGAACAAGGAUAGGGAGUCGAGAACUACAAACAAGGGAGUCGGGUUGGCGUAGCGGUACUUUCCUCGCCUUCCACCGCUGUGACCCGGGUUGGAAGCCCGCCUGUGUCAAUAUGUGGAUUGGGUUUUCAGUCCCUACCUGAUUCCGUGGAUUUUCCCCAGAAUAUCUUCUGGGCUUUUCCUCCCACCUCUGAAACUGUAAUUUCUUCUCAUUGUCUUCUAAGUUGGUGUGAUGUUUCCCCUGGGAUGCUUUACCGACCAUAAUAUACAGAUACAGACUUGAAAAUUGAACCACAAAAUUAAAAAGCAACUGAAAUGUCAAAUGGUUUUACAAGGGAUUUGAUGAAAUUGACUGUGACAUGAAAUAAUGUCUUUUUCUUUUCUAAAUUUGAAAACAAUCACAAGAGAAAAAAAUCAGCUCAUACUUUUUCAUCAAUUAUGAAUAAUGUUCACAUUUUCAACUGACAAAAAGUAAGGGCACAUUUCACGGUGUCAUUCACAAAUGAAACACUCAUGUUUAAAAGAAAAUUUUAUGGAACAUCUUUGUUAAAACUGAUCAGUGUGGAAGUCAACUUUGCUUUAGAGACAUAAUUAUCCGUUAUAUUCAAACUCACUCUAAAAUGCUUCAAGUUGGAAUAUACAUGCUUUUUCAAAAUUUUCUUUUCUGAACCAAAUUUAAAGGAAUGUAAUGUCCUGUGUAAACAAAGUUUGCUUGUUUGGUUUAGCAGGCCUUUAUACAGUUUAAAAAGUGGUUUUAAAUUGCGCGUUUCAGUUAAGAAAUUGCGCACACUAUUCUUAACGAGUUAAGAAGCGUCCCACUCUUAAUUCAAAGUUGAAAUAAAUUACGAUGUUUCAUUGGAAAGCUCAUAAGUAAUAUGCUAGAAAAUUGUCAAUUUGUUUGGAACAUUUUCAAGGUGCCACACCCUAAAAGCACGUACGUAGUACACCAACUUUAAUGUUAAAUAUUUACAACUUUGAGUAAAUAAUGUAUGGUUUACUAUGCAAUUGUAAAUGAAAUUAGGUUUUUGCCCUUCACCGAUGUUUAAACACUAUACUCACUGUGUUACCUCCUGAGUGAAAGUUGGAAAAAAUCACUCGGUCGGGACUCGAACCCACAACCUCCUGCUUAGAAGCGUCCCACUCGUAAUUCAAAGCAAAACCUAAUUUGAUUUAUAUCACCCAGACACAAAACUCCAUCUUAUAAAUGAGCAAUUGUACAUAUUUUUGUGCCAGACAACUUUUUAUUAGUGUCCGAGCUAUUUGUGUCCUUUAAAUAUUUAUUCUCAAAUAACCACAAAGGAAACUAUACUUUGAAGAUUUAUUUAAAAAAUAGCGAGGCUGUAGAUGCACUUCUUGCUCUUACGUGUAAUUGUUUUUUGAAAGAUGAUUUAUUUCAAUAAAUAAUUUUUGGAAGUGAACAGAAG